GUAAUUAUUGGAAGGCUUCUUACGUAAAUAAAAUAAAAAUCCUCUCCCGCUAAUUGCUGUUGAGAGAUGAAAUGAACGCUUUUCCGUUCUUAAACCCCCUGACUUGCAUAAACCCCAACGCAUUUUUGGGCAAUUAAUUCGUGUAAAGGAUAAACCACCGGCGAUAAUUCAGAGAAUCGGUGGACGGAGAGCUCUUACUAACUUCUGUUAAUGGCGUCUCUCUCUUUAACCCAUUUCCUUUCGUUGCCCAGCAGGUGGUAUUCAACUUGCCCAAAUAACCAUUCCCUGAACUUUGUUCAACUUCAAGAUUUUCGAUUGCAAAAUAAAUGUUGUCUUGCAGCUAUUUCUAGAAAGAAAAUUUCCGAGUCUUUACCUGAAGAAGAACAUAGUGAAAAUGGUGUCAUUUCAAAAAAGAGGACAACUAGGAAGUCUAAACGAGCUACUACUCAAACUAGGAAGAAAACAUCUGAUAUACCAGAUGAGAGUUCUGAAUUGAUCAUAAAUACUGAUGCUGCGAGUGAGGAAACUGUUGUCCCUGCAUCAAGUGAAGAUUCAAAGAAAACCCGAAGGAGGACUCAAAGAAAAGCUACAAAAGCUGCCUCCACGGUGGAAGAAGAGAAAACUGAGAAGAAAAUCAGGAGGAGAAAGACUAAGAAGGUGGACGAGGAUGUUGAGGAUCAAGGUGGUGAAUCUGAUGUUAGCGAUUUAGAGGAGUCUGGAUUUGUUCCAGAUGUUGAGGAUGAGAGUGAUGUAGACUUAGAACUGAUUAAAGAUGAUGGAGAGGAUAUUAGCUACACGUAUGGCUGGCCUCCCCUUGUUUGUUGCUUUGGAGCUGCGCAGCAUGCUUUUGUGCCAUCAGGAAGGCCAGCUAAUAGACUUAUAGAUUAUGAAAUCCAUGAAAGAAUGAAGGAUGCAUUAUGGGCACCAAAAAACUUUGUAAGAGCACCUGGAGGAUCUGCAGGGAGUGUUGCAAUUGCUCUUGCAAGCUUGGGAGGUAAGGUUGCUUUUAUGGGAAAACUUGGAGAUGAUGAGUAUGGUCAAUCCAUGCUAUACUAUAUGAACGUGAACAAUGUUCAAACACGAUCUGUUCGCACUGAUAGUAAAAGGGCAACGGCUGUAUCACAGAUGAAGAUUCCUAAGAAAGGUCGUCUGAGAAUGACUUGUGUCAAACCCUGUGCUGAGGAUUCUUUCUCUAAAUCUGAAAUAAACAUUGAUGUGUUGAAGGAGGCAAAAAUGUUCUACUUCACUACACAUUCCCUGCUUGUUCGAAGCAUGCGAUUAGCUACAUUGCAGGCAAUCAAGAUUUCAAAGAAGUUGGGAGGGGUUAUUUUCUAUGACUUAAACCUUCCAUUGCCGCUGUGGCAGUCCAGUGAAGAAACCAAAUUAUUCAUACAAGAAGUGUGGAAUCAUGCAAAUAUUAUUGAGGUAACCAAGCAAGAGCUUGAGUUUCUCUGUGGGAUCAAGCCCGCUGACGAAUUUGACACCAAGAAUAAUGCCAGAUCCAAGUUUGUCCAUUAUGGACCAGAAGUGGUGGCACCACUCUGGCAUGAAAAUCUGAAGGUUUUGUUUGUGACAAAUGGGACUUCAAAGAUACAUUAUUACACCGAGGAGCACAAUGGCUCAGUCCAUGGCAUGGAGGAUGCUCCAAUUACGCCUUUCACAUGUGAUAUGUCUGCAUCUGGAGAUGGCAUUGUUGCAGCCAUCUUGAGAAUGUUUUCAGUUCAGCCACACCUCAUUACUGAUAAAGGGUACUUGGAGCACACAAUCAAGUAUGCUAUUGACUGUGGAGUCAUAGAUCAGUGGCUGCUAGGACGGGUGCGUGGCUUUCCCCCUAAGGAAGACAUGGAAGAAGAAGUGGAGCCUGAUAUGAACGGCAUUAGAUCAAUAACGGAAAGGGAAUACCGCACAGUUGAGCCUGUUCAUUCAGAAGGAGAUGCCACAGUGGUCAAGAAUUGAUGUUCUUAUUGGGAGGUCUCAUGUUCGACACAAGGACGGGGAAGGACGUUUUUGAAAAAGGAGAAAACUUCCCUCCUAUUAUAUAGUUCAUUUCAAUUUCAACUUGUCAAGAAGUGAAUAUAAUCAGGCUCAGAAUCGACAGGGGCAAUUUUUUUUUUCCACUGGAGCAAUCUUGCUCUGAAAUGUGUAUGCUUUAGAGACUGGCCAAGAUACCCUAUGGUGAAAUUAUAGUACAUCUUCUUCACUUGUAUAGUGAAGUGGGGCUUGUUAGGACUUGAAGUGAGGUGGUAUCAUUAGUCAUUAAAUUAUUAGGUUAGCACAUUAAUUUAUUACAGGGACAAUACCUAUUAUAGAGUAAUUUUGUGUGGUCCACCUAGACAGAAAUGAACUUAAUCUAUGAAUUCUGAGGACAAGUUAGCUUAA